AUGGCUCCCCGAUGUUUAGUCAAGCACCACUACCAAUGCUGUGGGAUUCAAAUAAGCUAUUUCGCGCAAUGCGGCCACACAACAAAAGAAGGAGACCACCAUCCCGCCUGCGCAUACCACAAACCCAACAACAAGUACCUCUCCUCUCUGGAAGCAUUACUCCAACCCCGCCAACUGACCCCCUCGACCUCUCCUGCUCCUCAUCAACCCUUUCCCCAACCUUACCCCAAAUGUCGUGACUUGCACCGCUACAUCCACCUCCUCACCUCCAAAUGCCCCGCCUGCGCCAACUCGCCUCAAACCGGCUCCUGGGAUCCCAAUAUCUCGCAAUUCGCAGCAACUUGGUCCCCGCUCUCUGAAGCAGAGAUCUUCGAGCGAGGCGUCUACUGGUUGAACGAGAUGCUGCUUGCGCGAGAAGAGACGUACCAAGGUGCGCUUGUGGACUGGGAGGCGGGGAUGAGGGAGAGGCGGGAGAUCGAUACGGCGUUUGACAUACCACUUUUGGAAAGAACGUAUGGCUACGAUCCCGCUGGUGUGAAAGGAGACUUUUUGAAAAAGGUUGAACGCGGAGGUUGGGAGACGAGGGAGAGGGAAAGGAAGUGUGGUGCCUGUCAUGGAGAGAUGGGCAAUGUGAUGGUGAGGAGACUUCCGUGUGGGUGUGUGCUUCAUUUGAAGUGCAUUCGGCGCUGCUUUGCUGGUGGGAAGGAUUGCCCUGGUUGUGGAGUCGGGUUUAAGUUGGUGAAGAUCCCGAGACGGGAGGAUCCGAGUCAGAAGGGGGAGGGAGAAGGUUACUAUCCAAUCUGGGAGGAUGAUGACUUAAUUCUCAGUGUGAAAUCGAGUGAUAGGGUAUGGCCAAGUGGUGGUAGCAAUUACAAGUGGGUGGCCAAGAUUGCUGGAAGCUGGGUGGCCAUUUGA